UAUGUAUACUUCCAUUAGUCUUUAUUAAGAGCAAGCUUAGCUUAGCUUAUCACAUUAAUUGGUUGCAAUUGUGGAUUAAAGUUCCUCUGGACAAAAUAAUAAUAAUGUCAUCAGCUUGCGGCUAUCACUUUAAUCCUCUGCAGGCAACCCAAAUUUCUCAUGGAGGCGGCAGCAUAGGUGGACGGACGAAAUCUACCCUAAAGGUUCCGGCAACGAGCCGGCCUGCCCGGAAGUUGGAUCAAGAUCACUACAAGGAGAAGGUUCGAAAGAGUUUGAGGAGUGGUAAUAAUGUUGAGCUGGAAAUGUCGCCGUCUGCGUAUGAUACGGCGUGGGUGGCAAUGGUGCCGGAGCUGGGGGAAUAUUCCGGCAGGUCUAAGCCUCGUUUCCAGCAGUGCCUCCAAUGGGUAAUGGAAAACCAGAAUGGGGACGGCUCCUGGGGACUCAAUCCAGGUCACCCCUCCCUCGUUAAGGACUCGCUUUCAUGCACUUUGGCAUGCGUCCUUGCCCUCGGUACAUGGAACCUCGGCCAUCGCCUUCUCCAAAGAGGUUUGGAUUAUAUUGGAUCAAAUGCUUGGGCUGCCUCUUCUGCUGAUCAGUUAUCUCCCAUUGGAUUUAAUAUCGUGUUUCCUGCCAUGGUUGAUCGUGCUCUCAAACUGGAUUUAACUCUUCCAUUAAGCCAGAGGCUGAUCGAUUCACUCAUUCGCAGUCGAGAUUCUGAAAUUGGGCUUUGCGGAAGAAAUUAUUCUAACUUGGCGUAUGUUGCUGAAGGACUUGGCGACUAUUGUGAUUGGAAGCAGCUCUUAAACCAUAGAAGAAGUAAUGGUUCGUUGUUCGACUCUCCGGCCACCACUGCUGCUGCUCUGAUUCGAUACCCUGAUGAUCAUAAAAGCUUUCAAUACUUGGCUACAGUUGUCGACUCUUUUGAUGGAUCGGUACCCUGUGUCUAUCCUAUGCACAUACGCACUCGUCUCCGUCUUGUUGACACCAUGGAAAGGUUGGGAGUCAAUUGCCAUUUUAGAGAUGAGCUUCACAAUAUUCUUGAUGAAAUAUAUAGGGGUUGGCUGGCGAAAGACGAAGAGAUAUUCUCUGAUAUCAGUUGUCUAGCCAUGGCAUUUCGACUGCUACGAACCAAUGGAUAUGAUGUCUCAUCAGACGAAUUAGCUGCUUUUGUUGAUGAGGAGAAGUUCUUUGAUACAUGUGGAAUACAAAACACCAGCAUCGCAACAUGUCUAGAACUCUACCGAGCUUCACAACUGAGAAUAUACGAAGAAGAACAGAUUUUGGAGAAAAUUCUUACAUGGACUAGAGAAUUUCUGAAGAAACAAGUCUUGAACCAAAACAUUCUGGACAAGAAACUAUGUAGAGAGGUGGAACAUGACUUGAGGAAUUUCUAUGGAAAACUCGAUCGAGUUAGUCAUAGACGAACCAUCGAAUCAUAUGAUGCUCAAGAAUUUCAAAUGCUAAAAACGGCAUAUAGGUGUCGUACAAUUUACAAUGACGAACUUGCCAUGUUGGCAGUGGAAGAUUUCAUAGUUUCCCAAGCACAAUACCAGGAAGAACUAAAACACGUGCAGAAGUGGUUCGUCGACUGCAAUAUGGAUCGCAUGAAACAAUCGAGGGACACGUCACUAGUUUCGUCAGCAUUUGCUUCUGGUGUUAUGGUUGGCCCUGAAUUAGCCCAGGCUCGUAUAGCCUUUGCUCAAGUCUCGGUUCUUACAACUGUGAUUGAUGAUUUUAUCGAUGAUUAUGGAUCCAGAGAAGAGUCGAUCAGACUUGUGGAAUUAUUAAGGAACUGGGAUAAGCAGAACCUGGAGAAGAUCUCUGACAGCUCUAGAGAAGUAAAGAUAAUGUAUACUGCUUUAUGCAAAACCAUAGAUGAACAAUCGAAAAAGGCUUAUGCCGUGCAAGGCCGUUGUAUUAAGCAAGAACUUCACGAAAUGUGGCUUGAGUUACUUGAAGAAUUUCUAAAUGGGAAGGGUUGGGGAGACAAGAAGAUUACAACCAUGCAUCAAUACAUAUCCACUUCUCGUAUAACGUCCAUCGCCAAACUCUUGACUGUCUCGGCCACCUAUGGUCUAGGACAAAAAAUACCCGAGGGCUUAUCAUCAACUCCCGAUUUCUAUACUAUGUGGUACCACACAAGCUUGGUUGGUCGACUUCUCAACGAUGUCAAGAGUUACAAAAGGGAACAGGAAGAAGGUGCUUUGAACUUCAUCUCCAUGCUGACAGCAGGAGGAACUGUCUCGGAGGAGGAAGCCAUUUCGACGGCGCAGCGAAUGAGAGAAGACAGUCAGAGGAAAAUGUUGCAGAUGCUUUGUCUGAGUAAAGGCAACAUUGUUCCUAGAAGAUGUAAAGAAUUUUUGUGGGGGGUAUGUAAGAUUGCUAAUUGGCUCUACAACGGAGAUGGCUGCGAUCAAUUCACGUCGCCGGAUAAAAUUGUCGAGGAUAUUAACGCGUUGAUUUGGGAGCCACUCGAGCUCCGAUCCCUCAGACUGCAACCAGUUGAGCAAUGA